AACUUAAAGCAAAAUCAGCCCCUCCAGGCCCCGCGCCAACGCCCGGGCCGUGACCUCCCCGCCGCGGCCACGGCCAUGGCGCAGGAGAACGCCGCCUUCUCGCCGGGGCCUGAGGAGCAGCCGCGGCGCCGCGGCCGCCAGCGCUACGUGGAGAAGGACGGCCGCUGCAACGUGCAGCAGGGCAACGUGCGCGAGACGUACCGCUACCUGACCGACCUGUUCACCACGCUCGUGGACCUGCAGUGGCGCCUGAGCCUGCUCUUCUUCGUGCUGGCCUACGCGCUCACCUGGCUCUUCUUCGGCGCCAUCUGGUGGCUGAUCGCCUACGGCCGCGGCGACCUGGAGCACCUGGAGGACACGACGUGGACGCCGUGCGUCAACAACCUCAACGGCUUCGUGGCCGCCUUCCUCUUCUCCAUCGAGACGGAGACCACCAUCGGCUACGGGCACCGCGUCAUCACCGACCAGUGCCCCGAGGGCAUCGUGCUGCUGCUGCUGCAGGCCAUCCUGGGCUCCAUGGUGAACGCCUUCAUGGUGGGCUGCAUGUUCGUCAAGAUCUCGCAGCCCAACAAGCGCGCCGCCACGCUCGUCUUCUCCUCGCACGCCGUGGUGUCGCUGCGCGACGGGCGCCUCUGCCUCAUGUUCCGCGUGGGCGACCUGCGCUCGUCGCACAUAGUCGAGGCUUCCAUCCGCGCCAAGCUCAUCCGCUCGCGCCAGACGCUCGAGGGCGAGUUCAUCCCGCUGCACCAGACCGACCUCAGCGUGGGCUUUGACACGGGCGACGACCGCCUCUUCCUCGUCUCACCGCUCGUCAUCAGCCACGAGAUCGACGCCGCCAGCCCCUUCUGGGAGGCGUCGCGCCGCGCCCUCGAGAGGGACGACUUCGAGAUCGUCGUCAUCCUCGAGGGCAUGGUGGAAGCCACGGGAAUGACAUGCCAAGCUCGGAGCUCCUACCUGGUGGAUGAGGUGCUGUGGGGUCACCGCUUCACGUCAGUGCUGACCCUGGAGGAUGGCUUCUACGAGGUGGACUAUGCCAGCUUCCACCAGACCUUUGAGGUGCCCACACCCUCAUGCAGCGCCCGGGAGCUGGCUGAGGCCGCAGCCCGCCUUGACGCCCAUCUCUACUGGUCCAUCCCCAGCCGGCUGGACGAGAAGGUGGAGGAGGAGGGGCUGGGGGAGGGGGCGGGCGAAGAGGCUGGGGCUGACAAAGAGCAGAAUGGCUGCCUGCCACCCCUGGAGAGUGAGUCCAAGGUGUGA